UGUGGAUAUGGUUAUUCGCGUCCUGUUUUUGCUAUCGGUGGUAAUAGGGUGGACACAGGCUCAACUGACAUGCCAAUGUGCCAUUAUGGUACAGAACCCUGGUGCGGUGGAGCACGAAGAAGACGGAGAAGAUAUCAUAUCGUUGGAUAUCGUUCAAGAAACACCGAUAUACAAAAAAGGUUCGACCGACCCAAAGAAGAAAUGUGGUCCGCCAGAUUUCUACAGAUGCGAGGAGGAAUGUGUUGAAUGGGGAUGGGCGUAUGGAGAAGUCGCACUCGAUCUUGGACAGAUUGUUGAAUGGAAUGGAGAUCCAAACUACAGAGGACGGCGAUUUUGCGCCAUUCUCAAUAAUAAGGGCCAUAAGGGGUUUGAUAAAGAUGGCGGACACGCCUGGUUGUUUUACAGGAUCAACGGUGGUUGUAAAGAGGCAGACUGGUGGAGUCGGACUUUUCCAUACUUCAAAACAGAUCCCCUUUGCUGCAAAGGUAAGAAAUGGCAAGCGUAUUGUGGAAAGGAGCCUCCAGAAGGUGUAACAUUACAACCAUUACCAAUGGAAACCACAACAACGAGUACAACCACCACUACCACCACCACCACAACAACCACCACUACUACUCCAGAGCCAACCACCAAAGCUCCAGAAGAUGGUUCAGGUGAGGAACCACCACUCGAAAUAGGUUCUGGUUUUGACGAUUUAUCCUUGUUAUAUGGGCAGAUUGAUUUGCCAGAUUCACAACAAGAAUUAACAGAUUCAGCGGUGGAUUUUUCGGACAUAUCAGAUCCGCUUGAGGGAAUGGAUGGUUGGAACGACGAAUUGUCAGCCUUAUUUGAGGAAUUCAAUAUGGAUGAUGAUGAAUUUGAUGAUGAUGAUGAUAUUCAAAUACAUGACUUUGACUAAUUCGUAGCAGUUAAUCAUUUUGAAGCUUUUGCUGGGUUUCAAAAUAAAAGUUAAAGGCUCUCAAAUAAUGAUUUUUAUGUGAUUAUUUAGUUACAUAUUACCUGAUUACUGCUCGAUAAGCAAGGAACAGAUAGUCAAGUUGCAGAUUCAGGGCUGUAAUAUUGGGUUGUCGAUGACUUCAUUACCUACAGUAAGGGGCAACAAGGACUGUAGAGAGAAAAUUCGAUUUUUAAAAACAAUUUCUGAGCAAUCUGGUCAAUAUUUGGCUUAACUAUCUUCUUUGACA